UUGCUUUAUCUCUCUCUUUCCUCCAUUGUUGAUGUGAUUCUCCACUAACUUCACUACAAACCCAUCUAACUUUACAAAAAGAGAGAACUAAAGAUCAUAUAUCAAGAACACAACAAUGGUUUUUUCCUCUAUUCCAGCUUAUCUUGAUCCAGCCAACUGGCAGCAGCAGCUAAAUCAUCAAGUUGGAACAACGACACAGGUCCCUUCCGUGCCGCCUGCGGCGGCGGCUGCGCCGCCGCCGCCGCAUGGAAGCGCGGGGACGAUUCGGCCGGGAUCUAUGGCGGACAGGGCGAGGCUAGCGAACGUACCGAUGCCGGAGACUGCUCUGAAAUGUCCUCGGUGCGAAUCGACGAACACGAAGUUUUGCUAUUUCAACAACUACAGUCUCACUCAGCCGCGGCACUUCUGCAAGACGUGCCGGCGGUACUGGACGCGCGGCGGCGCGUUGAGGAACGUGCCGGUCGGGGGCGGUUGCCGGCGGAAUAAGAGGAGUGGUAAGGGGAGUAGUAGUGGUGGUGGUGGGAGCGGUAAUAAUAAUAAGUCUCCUUCUAAUAGUAGUGAGCGGCAGGCGAGUAGCAGUUGCAGUGGCGUUUCCACUAGCAGUAUUAUGUCCGGAAAUUCCGGGGGCGGGUUGUUGGGCGGGCCGCAAAUUCCGCCGCUACGGUUUAUGUCGCCGUUAGGUCAACUCUCCGAGCACUACCCUACCGGAAAUGAUAGUAUUGGGCUCAAUAUCAAUUACUCCGGUCUUUCCGCCAUGGCAGGUCGAGACAAUUUUCCUUUCCAAUUCGGAAACAAUAACAACAAUAAUAACAAUAACAAUAACAAUAAUAAUCUGCUCGGUGGUGGAGGAGGAGGAGGGAUUGCUUCGCUUUUGUCAGGUGGUAUUGAGCAGUGGAGGCUUCAAACACCGAUCCUGGGGGGACUGGAUCUGUCCCAACCGGGACUGUACCAAUUCCCGGGAGGUUCGGAGGCGGCGCCGUCAGGUUUUCUCGGCGGCGAGACGAGUGAAACCAGGCCGAAGUUCACGAGUUCUUCGAUGCUGACUACUCAGAUGGCGUCGGUGAAAAUGGAAGACCAUAAUAACAAUCAAGAAUCAAGUAUGGCAAGGCAGCUGUUGGGGUUUCAACCGGGCAAUGACCAGUGGGGCGGCGCCGCCGCCGCCGCCUGGAGCGAUGUUUCUGCUAGUUUCAGUUCUUCUUCCACCACCAAUCGUCUAUAAUAUUAGUGUUAAAGCCGAGUCCAGCAUCCAGUCAUCCAAACGUGAUAUUAAGCUUUCAGCCAGUGGUAAGCAUUUAAUCUUGACAAUUGGAAUGAAGUAAGAGUGUGUGGCCUGCAAAACUCUCUUGCUUGCUCUUCAUGUAGUGAAGCUUUGAAUUUUAUGAGUGAAGCUUCAAUUCAGUGUAAAAUGGAUGCAGGCAUACACUUAAGGAGCUGUUUGGGGAGGGUUCUGAUGAUCUGGUUUUAACCCUAGAAGGUUUGCUAGUCUUAAUUAUAUUUCUUGUUUUGCAUUUUAGUUUGUAGUGGUAGCUCUCUUUGUUGUAGUAUGUAGUGAUAAUGGUUGGAGAAUUUGAGUGUUUAAUUUUAAUUUGGUGUUUCUUGUAGCAUUUAUUAAUGUCUUAAUUAGGCAUCAUGAUCUUAUUAAUUUUCAGAUUUUAGUUUGCAACUAA